ACCACCCCCCUCGUGCGCCCCUUGCACGGGGACACCAAUGUUUGACAGUGGCGGAUGGCCUUGGCCACGCGGGACGCAGCCGCUGUGCUUCGCCUUCGCGGGACAGGUUCCACAGGCGCCCUUUUUUAGACUAGACUAGCCUCGCGUAUUCUUCUUUUCUUUUUUCCUCCUUUUUUGUUGUUAACUUUCUCUCUCUGUUACUCUGUGUAUUGCUCUCUCUGUCUCUCUCCCUCCCUUCUCCUCUUCUAUCAAUCUGCCUACUCUUCUCUUGGUUGCCCCGAGAACCUCCGUGGGACUAAAAGAAAAAAGAAGAGAAGGAGCGCGGUGCCUAACGAUAUAGUUUUUGUUCUGAUUUCUGGUCAAUGGAUUUAUCUCUGACAACACAACAAUAUUUUAGCUAGAAAACUGAGAGAAGCAUGGGUGACUGGAGUUUUCUAGGGCGACUGCUGGAGAAUGCUCAAGAACACUCCACUGUGAUUGGAAAGGUUUGGCUCACAGUACUCUUCAUCUUUCGAAUUUUGGUGCUGGGUGCAGCAGCUGAAGAAGUUUGGGGUGACGAGCAAUCAGACUUUACCUGUAACACACAGCAGCCCGGUUGCGAGAACGUUUGCUACGACGAGGCAUUUCCCAUCUCCCACAUCCGUUUCUGGGUGCUGCAGAUCAUCUUUGUCUCCACACCAACCCUCAUCUACCUGGGCCAUGUACUACACAUUGUCCGCAUGGAGGAGAAGAGGAGGGAGAGGGAAGAGGAGCUCAGAAAGGCCGGACGACACCAGGACGACCAUGAUCCUCUCUAUCACAAUGGAGUUGGUGAUGGUGGAGGGAAAAAGGAGAAACCCCCAAUUCGUGAUGAACAUGGAAAAAUCAGGAUACGCGGGGCAUUAUUGAGGACCUACAUCUUCAACAUAAUAUUCAAGACUCUGUUUGAAGUGGGCUUCAUUCUAGGGCAGUACUUCCUGUAUGGAUUCCAGCUGAGGCCUCUCUAUAAAUGUGGCCGCUGGCCCUGCCCCAAUACUGUGGACUGCUUCAUCUCCAGGCCCACUGAAAAGACAAUCUUCAUCAUCUUUAUGCUGGUCGUUGCCUGUGUCUCUUUGGUCCUCAACCUGCUGGAGAUCUAUCACCUAGGCUGGAAGAAAGUAAAGCGAGGGGUCACCAAUGAGUUUGCACCUGAUAGCGAGUCACUGAUUAUGGCUGAAGAUGAGCCCACAGACGCAGAGACGAGCCCUGAGCAGACCUCUCCGUUGGUGCUCGACUGUCUGCCGGCAUUCGGCAGCGUGAGUGUGAUGGGAGACGGGGCAGCUGAGGGAGGGGCCUACAGCCCACCAGAGUCUUUCCCUACUGUGACCUCCUUAAACGCUGCAACCACCCCUGUGCCUGCCGGGAUGAAGAUGGACAGCACGAUGUUCCACCCAGAUGACUUUUUGUUGGAUGCUGCUUCUUUUUACAGCAGCGGUGAGAAAGUGGGCGUUGGAAGUCAAGGACAGCUGGUAGCGAUGGAGCAGAACUGGAACAACAUGGUGCUGGAAGUCCACAAUCUGAAUGGAAAAAAUUCAGCCUCAGCCUCCUCCUCUCCUCAAGUUGAAAAGACCCCAACACCAGAGGAGCAGCAAUCUGCAUUUCCCACACUUCCGCGCAACACCCCUCUUUCUUCUCUCAUGCCAAAGGAGACGGCAAUGAAAGAGGAAACCACUGUCAUCACAGCACCUUCUAAGGUCCUGCACAAUGACUUCACUGUGGUAACCAGAGCGGAGAUGCAUCAGCCUCCUGCUGCUGCGGGGACAGACAACCGCAAGCCAAGUCGGGCCAGCAAGAGUGGCGGUGGACGAGCUCGCCCCGAUGACCUGGCCGUGUAGCUAAAACACACACUCACUCACACUUUUACCCAACUAUGCAUGCAUGCUCUAUACACAGAGAGAGCCUACACAUGCUUUUUUUUCUUUUAAUAUGCACUGCAGCAUAAAACCACACCUAAGCAUGCACUUCAGUAUGAGCCUGAUGCCUGCUGGAGUUGGCUGCUUAGUUUAUAGUCAACACUGCGAAUCUGAAACAGGGAUAAAAAAAAAAAAAGUCUUUCUGUCAUAUGGAAGACAACAUCUUGAUGCCCCACAUAGAUAUCGACAACAUUAGGGUAUGUCCACAUUAGUUUCUUAACGUGUAAGUUUUCAGUUCAAAGGAGGUUCAAAUUGUUUAGAGUAAUGGCUGUGCGCAUGGGGGUCCAUUUUUUUUUCAUUUACAAACAUAUAAAAACAUCCAGAUUAUUUUAAUUUUACUUUUUAACUAUUAGGUUUAGAGGCUAAAUUAAAUAGGAACUGGCACGUUUUCAGCUUCAUUUCAACUAAUUAAACAGCCUACUGUGGUAAUGUCAUUACCAAGCAUUCAGCUCACAAUGAGAAGGAGAUUAGAUGGUUAAUAGCACUCUUGUGUCAGUAUAAUAAUGAUGAAGCUAAAGAGAGAAGUCAUUAGGCUAAGCUUAGCAUACUGAGUUAACACAGAGGGAAAAAGUUACCACUUCAUAAUAAACAGCUCUAAAAUGUAUUCAUAAUACAUUUGUGUUAGUUUAAUACAAAUAGAAAAAAUGAAAAGAGCAUUUGUUUGUUUCCAUCACAGUAUUAAUCUUCCAAGAAUCAAUCAAACAACCCAGAUGCAUCAUAGCAGAUAGUUUCUAUUAUACUGCUUUUUCCAGUCAAACUACUGUAUAUUAAAGAUGGCACUAGCCACUGUGAUGGCCAAAGAAACUAUAUCUUUUGUAUAUAGAUUUUCGAGACCAAAAAUCUUAUCAGGCCAUGGUUGUCAUUCCAGCUUAGAGUUUUCAGGAAUUUUCCUGUAGCCAUGAUAUUGCCCACUGAAAAAAGUAUCACCCCCAGCCAAUUUAAGCUAAUCAUAUCAAAUCCAUUGUUUUAGUAGUUUACUGACACAAAGACAGAAAUGCACAAGUCAAUUUUACUGCUACUUAAUUUUGCUUCUCUGGCCAUUCUCUCACUCCUCUUUGACAAAAGAUAAAUAAUACAGAAUAAGAAAUCUAGAUGACAUUUAAUGUAACUGCACACAUCACAUAUGCACACUUAAAAUAUCCACACAGCCAGCAAAAAUACAAAUAAGGAAAGGUUAUUGUGAUGAUGAUGAUGACUGGACCUACUAAUAAGUUUUUGUGCAGUUUUUUAUUUUCAUCUUUCUUUUAUUUCUUUCCUGUGAGACAUCAGAGGAAAGGUUUGCACUUUUGUUUCUUGAGCUUUAAUUUUCUUGUGAUGUGAUGGUGGAGCUGAAGUGUCGUAAGUGUGUAGAACUUGUCCAUCUCUGUGUACGCUCUCUACACAGCCUGUAGUUUUAAUAAAUAGAGGGAUUCACAGCAUUAGGAAAUAGCAGGUGACCAUAAAGCAGGCCCACCCAGAGAUGUAGUUUUAAGGCUUUACAGGCUGUGUGUGUGUCUGCAUUUAGGUAUAUUUAUAAUGUUUCAUGUUUACAAAAUAAUAUCUCUGCAGUUACAUCAGGGUAAACUAUAUAUAAAUAUGUAAAUACUUAAUAAUUAACAGCAUUGAUAUUCACGACAAGACUUUAUACAGAACUACCUAUGUUUAUAAAAAGUUUGUCUCUGAUCAAGCUGCAGUUUUACAUAAGAAACCAAGAACCAUAAAUGCUUUAACAUUUUACUGACUUUGAGCCAAAGUUUGUCACUAUGCAAAACCCCUUAGCAUAAGAGUUGAGUCGCCUAAUAAGACAGUAUUUCAAAGUUCCUUACUGAACAGGUUUAAGUUUUGCAGCUUGAACUGAGUAUAAAAACUGCCUUCUUUCUGCUGGUUGUGUUUGCAGUGUGGCACAGAAGUGCUGAGUUCCCUGGAGCUGUUUUGUUUAGGAGGACUCUUAAGUUAAUUUUCUAGAUGAGCUGUAGAUUAUGCUGUAGCUCUUAGAUUUUUUUGAGAGAAAAGAAAGCAAUAUGAUCUAAGAAGUGUUCAUUUUUACUUUGCUGUUAGUACUUAACACAUCCCACAUAGGAAUGUUCAUUUAUGUCCUGUUUUUCUAUUAAUUCCUGCCAGAUUAAAAACACAAGAAAACAUACGGAUAAUGGUUUAUGCAUUCUAAGUUGUUAUGUUGCUUAUUAGUAACUUCCCUAAAGCUUUAAUUUAUCCAAUUUUAUCCAUUGGGGGGAAAAAAGUCAGCCUUGCAUCAGGACAGCAGGAGAGAGUGGUUUGGAGCAAACUGUGUUUUGUGUUUUUGCAACUUUGUGUUCCUCUAUGAACAGAUUUGAGUUGCUUAUAAAUGACAUGCUUGAAAAAAAUGCAACCUACCAAAGAACAGUCAGUGAUAACCAUUUGAAUUUAAACACUUCUUCCUCAUAUACUUCACAGCUCAAGUUCCUUAAGUAAUGCUCAUAUACUGAAACAAAAUGCAUAAACGUAGAUCUAGUGAUUGUUCGAUAAUCUGCAUUCAUUUCAGUUUGAAAAGGUUCAUAUUUUACACUUUUAGGAUGGCGUAGACAUGGUGUAGUGGAUAAAGUCAACUUAAUAUUCUUAGUAAAACUAAGUUCUAAAUUUCCAGAAUAAACUGAAUGUUGCGGAUGUUGUGCCUGGAAUCUGCUGGAGCCAAUUUUCCAGUUUUAGGGUUACAGCUCCUUCCAUUCCUUUCCUAUUGCAGUUGUUCCUUCAGUACUUCUCUGUUUUCAUAAGCGCUUUCUUCCUGAUGUUUCUAUCUGCGGGCAUUGCCACAUUUAUCACGAUUGCAGUCUUCUGCUCCUUUUCAACCACCGCUAUGCCUGGUUGGUUGGCCAGCAUCUGCUUGUCUGGAACUCCAAGUCCCACGGGACCUUCGACCUGUUGUUCUCAGUCACCUUUGGCGGUGUUUUCCCAUCAGGACUUGGGGACUUCUAGUCCAUAUGCAGCACAGAUGCUCCUGUACGCCAUCCAAGCAACUUGGUUGUGCCUCUCAGUGUAAAGCCCCAGCUUGCACCUUACAUCCUGCUAAUAUGUGGUGGAUAGUCUCCUGGGCACCUUUGAACAGGCUGCAACUUGGGACCUGUUGGCGGUGGUAGGCUCCUUCCUCUCUGGAUCUGGUGCUUAGGGGCUGUUCUUGUGCUGCCAUGAUCAGUGCCUCUGUGCUGUCCCUUAGGCCGGCCUUUUCUUUCAAUGGUUCAUCCCAUGCAGCGGCUUGGUCGUCCAUCGCCCUCUGUCUUCAGCUGCCAGAGGCAUUCUUGCAGCUGCUUAUCUCGAGGGUCCAUCCUCUUGAUGUAUUUGUGGAUGCUCCAUGUUUCAUCCUGGACUGUGGAUUUGACACUCACUAAUCCUCCCCUUCCCUUUUCCGUUGCUCAGAGAGCCUUAGGGGUUUGCCUCAGGGCUUUGGAACAAUAGGGUCUGACCUAUUGUUCCAAAGAUGCUAAUGCUGCUACUAGACUAGACUGCUAGCUAAUAUAUUAUAUAUAGCUACCCUUGCUCCCAGGCAUAUUGAUUAGCACAACUACCUAUCUUGUGGAUUUACAGAUAGGCCUACACAGAUAAAUAGCGCUUGAAUUGGAUCUGCUGGAUUGUUUGUCUAGUAUAAAUUAAAAAAUAUAUAGCAAAUGCGGUUGUUUCCCCGAAAUACAAUAUCCCUUGCAAGCAUCUACCACCUUCAUGGUACAAACCAGAGGCCUUUUCAGACAUUAACUAUGUCACAUUUCAGGUUUCAUCAAUCUGUAAAAGUGAUGACAUCCUUAGGGUAUUUUUAUAAUGGCCUGAUACCAAUAUCGAUAUCAAAACAGUUAAGGAGAAUGCCACAGUACUUGCCAAAUAUUUGCUAUUCGCUGGAGAUAGGACAUGCCUCAAGUGACAUUGAAUCUGUUCGUAGAGUUUUACCUCUGUUUUAUUUGACUAUGAUGUGAUCGCAGUCAUUAAGUUUGUGAUUAAGAAUGUAUUUCUUGUAAAACUAGAUGGCAUCAGACCAUUGAUGGGGUCACCCACAGGUUCAUUUUUGGAACUUUUCAAAGAGUUCCAUCUUGUUAUGAGUUCAACUCCUAAACUGCAUAAAUGAACAUAAGAAACAAGGUGAUAAAUUAGAAACAAUAUACUGUGAAAGGAACUUGUUCUACAUAAUUGUAGUUAAGAGCAAAUAAUUUUGUAAUGCAUAAAAUAAGCCCCGCAUAAAUGGUGUUUGUGGAUAGAGUUUAUGUCUCUGAUCAAGUUUGGAUGACAAUAAAUUCGGUGCACUGUAGAUGCUGAACGACUUAAUCUAUUCUUAGAGAGGAAGUUGCCAGUUGUGAUGUGUUGAUUUAACCAAACCAAAGAAAUAUCUACCAAAGAGAUAAUACAAUACAGAAAAUACAUUAUGUUAGAGUUUCUUUUAAAAAGAUGACUUUUUGAAAUAAGGUAUUAUCUUUUUUUUAUUGCUGAAAUGUUUUUUUUUCUAACUUUGUUGUAUCAAGUUGUUCUUAGUAUCUUUGACAUGUAGGUAAAGUUUUGCACAGUUAGAUAGUUAUAAAGACAUGGAAAUAUUUAGAGAGAAGCAAAAAUCAGAAGGGUUUCAUAUAAAGAGGGAUAUAUGAACAUAUUUAGUUUAUUUGUGGAAAUAACAAACACAAUUAGACUUGGAAUGGACGAGAAAUGAAACUAAAGUGAUAUUUUUCUGUCCUGAAAAUGGUUGAAGAGAUGUUGGCUCUACCUUUUACCAGUGGAUGUACCAUGAAUCAAAGACUUUCUGAUGGGAAAUAAUAAAGAUUGUAUGAUGGACUUAUCAUCGACACAAGCAGGAGCAGACACAGAACAACCCCUGCGACUACUCCCACUGUAAAAUGAUUGUCUUUGAAGAGAAGUGCCUUUUGUCUGAACCUUUUGUUGAAGAACAUGUUGAUGUAAAUGUUGAUUUACCUCAGAUGUUUACAGAACUGUUACUCAAUAAACAUUUUGUACCAUACCUAUAUUUGUUGCUUGUUUUGGAAUAUUUUGGGGUCCAGAGCAAUGUUGCCAAUUGAUUUCAAUGGAAAGUAGUUCAAACUUAGCCUAACCUGGUUCUGCUAGAGGUUUCUUCCUGGUAAAAAGUCCUUGGUCAUUGGGGUUGUAUGAUUGUUGGGAUUUUUUCCAAU